AUGGCCGAAGGAAGUUUUGAAGAGAUUGUUGGACAAGAUCGCCAACACAGUCUACAGUAUAGGAAAGUCAGCAGAACAAAUGUGUCAGUCAGUAUUCACAGCCAAAGAACACUAGAACGUUAUAAGCAUUGGACCAUCAGCAUCAUGAACCAUUUGACAAAUAUAAUCCUAAGAAUUAUUACCAACACAAUAAGAAAUGUAAUCAGACCUGAAAUUGCAAUAGAACAAUAUGGAUAUAGCAGAAAUUUUGGCCGCCGCCGUUCGCCACAGAAGGUGCUUGAAGUCACGCCGCUGCACACGCUCUCCUCUCGCUCUGCGCCGCUUGUGAGUUACGAUUCCAUCAACAGCAACAUGAAGUUCGCCGCUGCCAUCUUGCUCCUGGCACUCAUCGCCGUGCAGACAAGUGAGGCAAUAAAAUGCUACCAAUGCAAUGUCACCGGCGAUUGCAAGGCAGAAGUCGAAUGCAGUGGCUCUUGCACGAAUACGACAACCACGACAGCCGGAGUGUCUACCACCGUUAGAGCCUGCUCUCCAGGCAAGAUCGAUAACGGAUGCAAGGACACCACCCUUGCAGGGGUCCCUAGCAGCGCCUGCGCGUGUGACACCGACCUGUGCAACACCGGCGUUGCUAGUCAUGUUGCCAUUCCCCUCAUGAUCGGCGCUGUUCUCCUUGGUCGCUUCAUGUAAACAAAAGAAAAGAGAGAGAGAGAGAGAGAGAGAGAGAGAGAGAGAAAAAAAAAAGUUUCCAUGUAGGAUUCGUCUAAGGGAGAUUUUCUUUUUUUUCUAUUUUUUAUUUAUUCUUAUGCAUGUGUUUACU